GGGUGCCAUUAGAAUUCAUGGUCGAGGUAGCGAACUAACCAGGAGUGCCAGCAAUAAUUGCGAAGCCACCCGUUUAAUAGUGUUGCUUACAAUAGUUGCAGCAUGGAAUGAAUUCCGGGUUUCUUAUUCUUUGUAAGCGGUUUCCGCUUCUCGGCACUAUGAGCGUCGCGUAGAUUCGUCGAAUUUCCCGACGGUCCUGCCUGAUACUUUCUAAUAAGUCUCGAUCAUUUGCUAACGCUGCGGGUCGGAGACGGCCAGCUGCAUCAUUCGUUCCCACGUGAAGAACUUGAGAAGACGUUGAGUGGGGCACAAAUGCAGCUGUGAAGUUUAAUUUCGACGAAUGUCGAAGCGUGCUGUCUAGUGGCGGAAUCGACCUUAACGUGACGCAUAGCCAGGCCGAACAGUAAGUGUAGAUGGCAGUUGUCGUUGCCGUGUUUGUAGCCCCAAUUUGUAGCUUUUUUUUUUUUUUUGGUGACGUGGAGUAUAUCAUUGGUCCCAAUGAGCUUUCUAGUGUAUAUGUUAGUGAACUCAUUGUUCUCAAACAAGACUUGUUUGUCGUGUAUUUGGAAUAGCCGUUAAACCUCAUCAAGCGUUAGACGUAGAAGGGCCACGCCGCUUGUUUCUGUGAACGGCAGAGCCAGGCGGCCGCGUCGUAACCUAUCCUGAAUGCAACCGUAGUAUUAUUGUCUUAGCCCCCUUCAUUGGAAUCGGGAACUCAGUGCCAUGGUUUCUUUCACACGGAGACUUCAAUCUGUCCAAUCUGCCAGCAAAUCUGUUGUGUAAAGUUCUGCAGAAGAAAUAUAUAGGAAAAGUUGGUCUGCAUCCUAUGUGCACAGAUCUCCAGUCGUCAAUAGUCGCUGCUCCAGUUCUUUGCUUAUUCCAUAAUUGUUUGAUUAUUGCAUAACGGAAGCAGCCCCAUAAGAAAGAGAAGCUAAGCUGGACUCUACGUGGUGGUCUCCAUUAGGACGCAACCAACCUUCGUUCUAAUAGUAAACAUGGAUGCGCAGAAUUGACGACUUUUUUCAUCUGUUCAAGGACCAUCUCCGAUACGAGAAAUCUGCAGUUAAAACAUGUCGUACGAAAGGCACAUGAGGUGCUUGAGACUGAUUGCAUUAGUGCAAAUUGUCAUCCAUCACGUGACUGAGCCUGCGCUCUCUGCACGUCGGACGUGCUCCGUUUUAAAGGCAGUGAUGGACGUUGACUGGAAAAGGCUCGAAGGAGUACGGUGGCUGGAAUUGCUGCACUACCCUAAUAAGGAGGACAUAUGCUACGUAAUGCGUUUCUUUCCAUCGAAUGAAACCAUGACGCUCCAGAAGGGCCCUGGACCGAGAGGCCCUCUACCAAGUCCUUCUUUCUACAAGCUGCGAAAGGACGGUGAGAAGCGGUAUAUGUAUGACCACGAUGAAAAGUUUUACCAAGUUUUGGACACGGACUAUGCAACCUGGGCCCUCAUUCACAACUGCUGGGAAGGCAGGACUGGAUCGUGGUUUAUCAUUGCCCUGAAGAAACCAACGUCAGAGAUACCUGCGAACAUUAUGGCAAGGAUUCAAAGUUCUCUUGCAAAGGCUGGACAGACCAAGAAGUUCACAUGGAAUCGUUCUCGCUGUAUGCUGCAGAAGACGUUCAAGGAAGAUUCUCGUGGAAAACUGACAAUAGAUGCGCAGAUAAUCCCAGAUAAGAAGGUGCCUCGUGAUAAGCUGAGCUUGGUGGAUGGACUGGUCCCAGAGCAGAAGGUGCCUAGGGAUAAGCUGAGCUUGGUGGAUGGCCUGGUGCCUGACAGAAAUGUGCCUCGUGAUAAGCUGAGCUUGGUGGAUGGCCUGGUGCCAGACAAGAAGGUGCCUUAUGAUAAGCUGAGCUUGGUGGAUGGGCUGGUGCCAGACAAGAAGGGGCUUCGUGAUAAGCUGAGCUUGGUGGAUGGGCUGGUGCCAGACAAGAAGGGGCCUCGCGAUAAGCUGAGCUUGGUGGACGGGCUGGUGCCAGAGCAGAAGGUGCCUCAUGAUAAACUGAGCUUAGUGGAUGGACUCGUCCCAGAGCAGAAUGUGCCUCGUGAUAAGCUGAGCUUAGUGGAUGGGCUGGUCCCGGACAAGAAGGUGCCUCGUGAUAAGCUGAGCUUGGUGGAUGGGUUGGUCCAAGACAAUGUCAAAUGAGUCAAUAAACGUUUUGGUGAUAGCACGAAAUUAUGCUAAAAUAUUUUUGAGUAAAAUAAUAACUGUAUUUUUUCAGCGAGA